AUAAAACGAUCGUGUCAACCGCAAUUCCUCUACACUUUUAAAUCAAAACUCGAAGAGAACACAGUGAAUGCAAAAUAGAUUUUCAAUUUCAAGAUGUCAGUAGACACGAUGGAUAACAUUAUGUCUAAGGAACACAAAACUUCCUUGAGAAAGAGUAACAAACCUGUCAUGGAAAAGAGAAGACGAGCGAGAAUUAACAACUGUUUAACGCAACUGAAAUCUUUGGUCCUUGAGUCAAUGAGAAAAGACAGCUCUCAGUAUUCCAAGCUAGAGAAAGCUGAUAUCCUGGAGAUGACCGUAAAACACCUUCGCAAUCUCCAAAGGAACCAAUUGGCAUCCGCCAUAGCCUCGGACCCAACAGUCGUCACCAAGUUCCGCGCCGGAUUCCACGAGUGUGCCAAUGAGGUCAUUCGUUACCUUGGAACCGUGCAAAACGUAGGAACUGACGUUAAAUCUCGCCUUAUUUCGCAUCUGUCUUCCUGCAUUCAGUCACAGAACACCACAUCUUCAGAAAACGUCCCUACGCCAUUACCGUCCCGUCAGCCCCAGCAGCACGUUUCUGUGACGUCACCUCAGCCCCAGCAUAUCAACAUCCUUCAGCCACUAAGUGUUCAUAUCCCCCAGAAUGCAAACUUAACCUCCCGACCACAGUCUUCCGAAUUUUCAUACAAUCGUCAAAGUUCACCCCCGUCCCAGAACCAGUCUCCUCAGCUACUGAAUAUCGCCACCCCAGUGUUGUCCACAGAGUGCAACAACAAUUCUCCAAUCAAAACGGGCCAAAUAUCUGGACAAUUUCAAAUCAUUCCUAACAAUCUGUACAAUGGCCCAGUUGCUGUUUACGUUGGACAGAUAAAUCAGAGACAAUGUGUAACUUCUUCAGACACUCUACCCGUGUUCACGUUACAAGUUCCCGCCAGCAACACGUCUCCUUCAUUCCCAGUUACCAGCUCACCAAAUGAUUUUCAGCAGAAAUCCAAACCUUUUGCUCAGCCACACAGAAGUGCUUUUGUAGAGUGCAAACACGAGAUCCCCGAGGCCUCGGACAGCCUCUGGAGACCUUGGUGACUGACCAAAGAAAAUUAAUGUUAUCUCAGGACAAGUGUUAAUACAUGAAACUUUGUGAUAGAAAUGUGCGCUUCCAAAAACUCUUUAUAAAUAUGUUACAAUUGUGUACUUGAAAAGUGCUAUUAAAUGUUUUAUAUGCUAUUGUUAUUGAUUCUAUUGAUUGAAUCAUUUUAUAUGACCAUUAAAAUGUUUAAAAUGAAA